CCACCAAAAUUUAUCACCCAAAACAAUUCUCUCCAAAUAUUUUCCCCAAAGCUCCCCCAUCAAUCUCUAAUGGCACCAAAUAGGGAAAACCUGAUUGGCUCUUCUUCUACUUCCUCUUCAUCAAGAGAAGAAGAAAACAAGAUUACCCACAAGAAUCAUUUACCAAGGCUUUGCAUGGAAAGUCUUCAGAGAACAAUAUCCGACAUCUCACUUGAGCUCAUAACCAAGCAAGCCCUAGAUCACCAAGAUGAGGAGCAUGACAACCAAGAACAAAAGCAUGAUAAUCAAGAUCUCCCAGCCAUAGUGGAGGUCGAUGAGGUGAAAUGCGAGUGCUGUGGCAUGUCGGAGGAGUGCACGAGCGACUACGUGAACCGCGUCCGCAGCAAGUUCUCUGGCAAGCUGAUCUGCGGGCUGUGCGCGGAGGCAGUGGACGAGGAGAUGGAGAAGAAGAAAGCGAAGCGCGACGAGGCGCUAAAGGAGCACAUGAGCGCUUGUUCCAGGUUCAAUAAGCUUGGAAGGGCGUAUCCUGUUUUGUUCCAAGCUGAUGCCAUCAGAGAGAUACUGAAGAAGAGUAGUAAUACUGGUAUUAGUGCUAGGGGUAAGUCUGUAAGCCCUAGAGAUUAUAAAAGUACUAAUAUUGGUCAAAGAAAAUUAGGUUCUACUGGAGGACUUGCCAGGAGCUCUAGUUGUAUUCCUGCGAUCAGGAAGGAGCUAGAUUGAUAGAAACAUAUGAAUUAAAGCGGAGAAUAUACACAAGAUAUAAGUAAGUUUGUCAGUGUUUUCAAUAUUGUAAAGGAUAUUAAUUAUAGUGUAAAUGA